AUGACAGAGCCAUCAAAAAAGACGCGUUCUGAGGGAAAGAUCAAAGCUCUCGAUGUGUUGGAUAAGCAUAUAACACAGAGAUCCGCUCUCAAAAAAACUUUAACUAUGAAUGGACAAAAUGUGCUUGCACUGAAUGAAAAUAUGACUUUAAAUCCUGCGCCUGCACUCGUGCCUACAACAGAUAAUGUGUAUCAGAGAUCUCCAACACCAAGAAAUAGGCGAGAUAUAGCAAUAAAAAGAGAUCGAGACACUAUGGAUGCCUCUCCAUCGCCACUAUCUUCACCUAUUCGGAAAGGUGUUUCGUUUUCGGAUCAGAUAGAAAGCUCGCCAAUAGAACACCAAAUUGCAUCUUCUCCUAUGCGUCCCUCUUCGAUGACAAAACCACCAUCUAAGUCCAUUUUAAAACAAUAUUCGCUAAAAGUAGAGCGGAGUUCAUUGCGCGGUUCUCCUAGAAAACCGACACAUCUAUCCAUAGAUCCAUUCUCUCCAACAUUUUGGCCAGAAGGUGAAAUUCUUCGGAUGAUAAAUCCAAACAAUGUUGCUGAAUUCAGGAAAAUCAUAGAAGGUGGGAUCCACGUUCUUAACAGCGGAAAGGCAAGAGACUUCGAGAUAUUUGCAUCAUUCAAUAAUAUUGUCCCAUCCAUGAAUGGUGUGAUCUUAAACGAUGUAGUUCAUCACAAAAUUGAAGUCAUCAUCGAAAACUUAGAACCAUUACUCAAUAUUAGUUUAACUAUCCUAAAAAACCUACAGAACUCUUUACUAUUACAACUCAAGAAGGACCCAUUUAAAUCAAGGUGUUACAUUCAAGUUGUGAGGUUCUUAACGGUUAUUUUUUCAAACUUUAAAGUUAUAAAGCAUCUCGAUGGAAACCUUAAUUUACAACUGAAAUUUACAGAGGUCCUAAAGAAAUGUGAAGAGACAUUAACACAUAAAAACACAAGUAAGGUUAUGGUGAUAUAUCCAUUGACAUUAUUAAAAGAGGAGAAGUUUGGUCAGUUUUAUCUACCUGAUGCUCAGAUCAAACAUUUAGUACAUUCCGUGUUUCAAAUGAGAUACAUUGAUAGCUCUAAUGUCCAAUGCGAACGACUAAUGGUAUUAAAACAAUUUCUUCAAAAAUAUAAUAAAAUAAUGAUCAAAAGUUUACCGGAAUGGUUUCCGGUUGAAAUAGCAGGUCGUUAUCUAGCAGAGGAGAAACUUUCUUCUCCAAAAAUAAGGUCAUGCUGUAAUCUACUAUUAUUAGACCUUCUAAGAAAAUCCAUAACAAGUGAUAAGAUGGUACAUGACAUUCAUGAUCUGCUCUCUAUCCCUUUUAACAAAAUAAAAACUUUGCCUCAGUUUUCAGAGGAUGCAAAUUGGGGAAGUAUGGAUGCUAACCCAUGUAAUCUGACACUUCUCGAAGCAUUAUGUAAAAAAUUGAAAUUAUUAAUUGAUGAAAGGGAUGAGUACAAACUCUCUAUGGAUUAUUGGUUAGGUAUAGUUGGCCUCUUAUUCAAUACGCCAGAAACAAUGCCCCUCUUAUUACAACCAGUCGGUUCGAUGUGUUUAGAAGUUAAUUCAAGUCUUCUUCAAUCACAAAACAAAGUGGCGUGCGGAACUGCCAUUAAGAGCCGGAGGAUUAUAAAUUUUAUGAUUGUAACGAACCUUACAUUGGAUAUGGGCUCUACUAUGCUGAAUGGAUUACUGAAAAUUAUUUUGGAGCCAUUUAAUCCAGAUAACUCUGAAGGGUUAUAUGAGUACCUCACUUUUUUGUUUAACGGUUUGAUGUAUCUGGUAUGUUGUGAUAAUAGAACCAUGAGCCCAAAAAAAUUUGAAUUUCUCUACAAGCACAUUUUGGUACCAUUAUUCAGUGACAUAUCAGAUUCACAAUUACGUUCAACUCUUGGAUACCAAGCACAACAUAUUUUUUCAAGAAUUCUUCGUUCAUGUUCUGAUGAUGAAGGAUCAUCACCUCGUCGUUCCACUGGAUUUCAACCAUUGAAAGCUCUUUCAACCAACGGUGUAGAUCUUACCGACUUCGAACCUAUGGAUAACGCAAUUCUAGAAAACAAUUGGAGUUCAAUUGUCAACUUGCUAAAAAGCAUUAUCGAUUGGUCAGGCUUUGCCCCACAAAAUUCGUUAACAAGCUUGCAACAUUUGAUAAGAAGGGCCCCUUCAACAAUCCCAAUGUCCCAAACCUGUUGCACCCUAUUGGAUUUAUUAAGUCUGAUUCUCAAUAAAGGAAAGAUUGAUAGAAAUGGCGAUGCAUUCAAAACUACUAUAAGAACUUUUGCAGAAAAAUUCGAGCUACACUUGUUUGAUGAUGAUUCAAUUUUUUUAACACAUAUCUUCCCUAUGAACGGUAUCUCAGAAGAAGAGCAAUUCAACCUAUUCAAAGAGAUUUUGCAGCAAGUAAAGCCUUUUGUUAAACCUCUAUUGCUAUUUGGGUGUUUCCACUCCAUUGAAAACAGUUUAAUAUCGAAUUACACUGCAAAUAUUGUUGGUUCUAUGCUUCUCCCAACGAAUAUGUCCGACCUUGAAUACAAAACUCUUCUGAAGAUAGUUAACAAAACUCCAAUACCCGAGAUUAUCGAUAACCUAUUCACAUGGCUAAGAAAAACAGGAAAGUGGAAAAGCUUAGCUAACGAACUUAACCUGUCUUCGUGGGAUGAUCACUUAUUUGCCAACUUUAUUCAAAAAUGGCUACAAGAACAAAAGAAUACCUGGAGCGAGGAAACUAUCAAUAUGAUAUCUGAAAGUCUUUGGAGAAGACCUGAGGCAUUUAAGCAAUUGUCCUCUAUUCUGAUCAAUUCAGGGCAAAUUCAGCUUAUUAAAGACACAUUAACGAAGAAUCCCGAUAUAAUCGACGAUAUUUCUUUAUUAGGAGAUUUGCCUUUACUUGAAGUACUUCCCAAACCCUUAGUUAUAUCAUCAUUCACCCACAUUAAUCAGUAUGACGACGUAAUUAAGACAAAAUUAUUUUUAUGCGCUUGUGCACAAGAGGAAUAUGAAGUAAUAAGAGCAAAUCUGAAACUUCUGCACCAACUUUUAGUACCUACAGAUGAUGACGUUUCCCUAAAUAAUGACCGAAAUGUGAUAAUUGAUUUGCUAAUCAAAUACUCAAUCAGCAAUAAAUUUUACGAUCUUGUUUCAAUGGUCAUUGAAGUAUGUUUAUUAAGAAAAGACGUUGAUCGAAUUAUUGAGAUUUUCUCGCAUCAUCAAAUUACGUUUUCAGUUCUUGAAGCUAAAAUUAUAGCCAUGAUGGUUAAUAAUAUUGGGAAGUUAAAUUCAGAACUGAUUGAAUACCUUAGAAAUGUUUUUAUUAGUGGAGAGUCGUCGUACGGUAUUGCAAUAAUAGAAGAGCUACUAAAGGAAACAAAAUAUCAAGUCUUCAAUGUUUUAAGGGAGGAUGUUUUGAAGUUUUCCUUCAAUAAUGAUCAUAAAUUAACUGAAAAUGAAAAAGAACGUUUAAAGAAGAUAUUCCCGCUAAUAGUAGAUUACUAUGUUGAGGAUAACUCUAAAAGCCUGAUUGAUAUUAUGAAAAUUAUUCUAAACAUCAUGAAAACUUCAAAAGAUAAGCAAUAUGGAACAAGUCUGGUUGUUAUGUUCCUGAAUCAUUCCGAGUUUAAAAUUCAAGGUAAUAAAACAUUAAUGAAAAAGCUUAAUGUUUAUAAAGCGAAUGCAAAAAGACUCGCUACUAUACGAAAAUAUCAGUUCAUCUCGCCAAAUGAAACGAGAGAUUCGCCGGCACAAAAACCAGAUGUUAUUGAACCGAAAACUACUAGCACUACUACACCUAUCACAAACAAUAUCCAUUCAAACACUACUAAUGAUCUUAACAUUUUAAGUGUUCAGAGGGAAUCGGAAGCACAGCAAAAACCGCCUUCUAAAGUUGAAGCGCCAGAAAUUGAUUGUGAAUCAGCAUCCGCUAUAUGUAAGGUGACAAUGCCUGAAACAAAAGUGAGAUCAUCUGAACCCACAUUAAAUGCAAAAAAAUGUGAUGGACCUAAUGCUCAAAAAAUAUUUAUUAAAAAGGAGAUGUCCCCAUCGGACAUUUCAGUUUCACUGAAUGGCACCGAAGAGAAUGAAUCAUCUAAUCUACCUGUCAAAAUUCCAAUUUUUAAUCCAUUUGGUUCAGAUAUUGUAAAAUUAGAAGAUGAAAUAAGAUCAGGAGUGCCUGUUCCGUUGAAACGAAGUCGCGAUUUUUCAGAGAGGGAUACUCAGAAAAUGAAAAAAAACAAGGAAAAUGAAUAUCCACCUUUGAAAAUACAGAAAUUGGUUGAUAACCUUUCACAGGUUAGUAAAGAUGAUGUCAAUGCCCUAAAAGAAGAGGAUCGGCGAAUAUUGAGAAAAGCUAUAUGCAGUUUUAUGCUAGAACUCGAAAAGUAG